GUGUUAUAUCUGCAGUCACUCGUUAACCCCUCCUUUUCCCUCAUCCACCAUCUACAACGAACGAACUCAUCCAUCCAUCCCAUCUUGACAACCACUACUCCAUACUCGCCUCGACUCCCUACGUCUAACGUACGAUCGCUAUCCACAGUAUCUACGCUGUCUGAAGUCUGACUCCUGUCUCGGUCUUCCAGUCCGCUCGCACUGUCCAUCCCAUCCGGCUCUGGCAGCCUUGAGAACGCCUUACCAUACCCUGAUCCAUCCGACUUGCCCACCAUGCGAGCCGCCCGUCUCUCGUUCUUCCUCUACUCCCUAUCCCUCGUGGCCGUCGUCGCUGGUCAGAGCGCCGCGGUCACGAGCGUAGGUAACGCCGUCACCUCUGCUGCCGCCGCGGCCACCACCGCGGCUGCUGCCACCACGUCGGAAUCCUCAUCCACCUCCACCUCCACUUCCGAGACCUCGACCUCCACCACGGAGAGUACCUCGUCCACCAAGGAAGCCGAGACCACCAGCACAUCGUCGUCCAAGUCGGAGGAGACCACCUCUUCCACGACGGAAGCCCAAGCCAAGACUACCCAGCAGCAGGCGGCGACGACGGAUGCACAGACGACCGAGGCUGCUACCACCAAGAAGAAUGGAAAGACCACGGCCGACAGCACCACCCAGCAGACCACCGCCACCCCCGUUGUGAAGACGGUCACGACCAUCGAGACCAUCAGCGGAACGCCCGUCCAGACUACGCUUACCACCACGUCCACCCCCGCCAGCAGUGACUCCACCGGCUCUCCGAGUCUAAGCGGUACCUCAUCGGAUAACAAGAGCAGCUCCGGCCUGUCGUCCUCCCAGAAGAAGAUCAUCAUCGGUGUCGUUGUGGGUGUGGGUGGUGCCAUUAUUCUCGGAGCCCUCGCAGUCGUGGGCUGGAGGAUCCACGCCCGUCGCGCUGCGCAGGAUCAGGACGAGGCUGCGGAUCUCAUGAGCGGCACGGCUGUGGGUGCGGGUGCUCGCGAGAAGGCCCCCAGCCCCGGUGGGGGCACGCCUUUCAAGUCUACGCUCGACCAAUAUCACAACCCCGGGCCCGUCAAUGCCGCCUCCAACUUCUAGACUGACUCGGAUGCUCGGGCUCUUGUCCGAUGACAUUCACGUUUCUCUGUUCACCUGCGGUCAUGAAGCAGAGCAUGUGGUCUGUGGUUAGAUACCGCUCUCGAGACUGUAAAUUUGUACGAUUAUGACGCAGUUAUUGUUGGCGCUUCCGGCGAGGAAAUCCUCGGGUCUGUCUUUUUCUUCUCUUACUCUCAUUCUGGUCUGCGUUGCCUGCCAACCCACCCGUUCUGUCCCGCUUGAUAGACCACUGUCGGCUCUCCGAUAUCACGCUCCUUUACUUAGCACAGCGAUUUUUGUUCUAGCAUUCAUGGUUGGUCGAUUCACUUUGAUUCCCCCCUCGAGCAUUUGUUUUCUUUCUCGUGAGACGAGGGCCACGGCCUGUCGUCUCCAAUCUCUGCUCUGGAUUACAGGUCCUUCGAUCUUUGCCGCAAAAAGCUUUUGAUUGUAUGUAUUUAAUUUGAGAAAUGACUUGAGCACAUCCGAG